GCCGCCGAUCGGUAACAGUCGCUGGGCGUGUUGGUGGGCGGGUGACUGGGUGCCGCGCGGACGUCAGGGGCAGACGGGCGCAUUGGAACCUGCACGCCGGAUAAAACGAGAAGAAAGCACCACUAUAUUGCGCGAGGAGCGUGUGUGAACGCGCACGGGACUGUUUUUGUUUAUUUUGUCGUGACGGCGCGUGGGAAAUGUAGUAGCUGUCACGGCCGCCUGCGGGAGGAGGAUGGAUGCGUAACGGGACGGAUCCAGCCAGCUGUGGCCUGCUUCUAACGGCAACAUCUGGCCGGUGAGGCGCGCUGACAGCCGCUUGCCAAGCGGCCGGUGAGGCUCGUGUGUGGACCAGGCACCGGAACAAGAGAGGGGGGCGCUCGGGUCCCCGGUCCCCGGUCCGUCCUUCUGCAGGGUCAGAGGGGGCACCUCAGCAGCCAGCCGGCUCUGGACUAUCGCAGGGGGAGGUGGAGGAGAUGGAGGAGGGGGACGCAGAGGGGGAAGGGCCCAUGGUGGUCAGAGAGGGGCCGAGCGGUCACGGCCUCCAGCCAAACGCCAGCAGCAGCACCACCACCACCAACAACCUCCUGGCUUCUGUCAAAGAGCAGGAGCUCCAGUUUGAGCGGCUGACUCGGGAGCUGGAGGAGGAGCGGCAGAUUGUGGCCAGCCAGCUGGAGAGGUGCAUGCUGGGAGCUGAGUCGCCGGCGGGAGACAGUAGCAGCUCCUCCGAGAAGUCGUUUGCAUGGAGGUCUGCAGGCGGGGAGUCGCUGGGCGGUGUGCUGGAGGCGUCCGGACGUCACCUGGAGGCGGAGGAGGGACUCUUCAUGCCCGAACCGGACCGCGCCUCCCUGCAUGACAGUGAGGGCUCGGGAGGCCACUCGGCCCACAUGACCUCGUAUUCGGACAGCGGCUACCAGGACAGCAGCGUCAGCUACUACAGCAACCAGAACGUGGUGCGUUCGGAGCCCCGGGCCUCGAUAUCGAGGAGCCCGAGAGCGGAGGGUCAAGCCUCCGGGCAGGUGUCUGGCAGGGUGUUGCGGCGGAUGUCCUCCCUCCCCUCCAGGAGCCAGUCUCCCGGUUGUGGCACCGUCUCGCCCUCCCGCAUCUCCCUCCGGACGUCCCAGGGCAGCACCUAUGAUUCGCCCAUCCUGUCGGAGCCCAAACCUCUGGCCGCCGUGUUCCCCGGCACCGCCAUGCCGCUCUCCUGCCCUUCGCCGACCUCCCCGGCCGACGGCACGCUGGGCGGCCUGAUACUGGGAGGCGUUGGCGGUCGCCUGGGCUCCACCCUGUCUCUGGUGGAGGGGCGGUGUUUGACGGGGUCGCCGCUGCGCUCGGGGAUGACGGCGGUGCCGCAGCACUACGGCUCCACGCUGCCCCGGCAAAGCCAGCCGCUGGCCUACGGAGCCGAUCCAUACGGGCUGUACCAGAGGAGCGCGCUGCCCCGACCCGACAGCCUCAUCGGGCUUCACAGCUCGUACGCCGGCCACUCGGGGCAGAUAGACCCCGAGCUGAGGGCGGUGUUGUCCCCCGACUGUCACAUGACGCCCGUGUUCGACGAGCGCUCCUUCCACAGCCCCCUGUACCACAGCCCCACCCACGACCCCCAGGGCUCCCUCUACAGGACGAACACAGGUAUGGGGACUCUCCCUCGGGCCGCGAGCCAGUGCGGCACGCUGCCGUACCAAAGAAGCAGCUACGGGCUGAGCACCGCGGCGCUGUACGUCGACACCUACGGGGUCUCCGGCGAGCCCGUCUUCUCCCACCGGCACUCUGGACUGGUGGAUCGGGUGGCCACGCGCACGCCGUCCAUCGAGAGCAUCCACAAGGACCCCAGGGAGUUUGCUUGGCGUGACCCCGAGCUGCUGGAGGUCAUCCACAUGCUGCAGCACCACUUCCCCUCCGUCCAGGCCAACGCCGCCGCCUACCUGCAGCACCUGUGUUACGGAGACAACAGGGUCAAGGUGGAGGUGUGUCAAAUGGGAGGGAUCCAGCACCUGGUGGACCUGCUGGACCACAAGCUGACGGAGGUCCAGAAGAGCGCCUGCGGGGCCCUGAGGAACCUGGUGUACGGCAAGGCCACCAACAACAACAAGGUGGCGCUGAGGAACUGCGGUGGCGUGCCGGCUCUGCUGCGCCUCCUCCGGAAAACAACCGACAACGAAGUCCGGGAGCUGGUCACUGGCGUCCUGUGGAACCUCUCCUCAUGCGACGCCGUGAAGAUGACCAUCAUCCGGGACGCCCUCUCCACGCUGACCAACACGGUGGUCAUCCCGCACUCGGGCUGGAGCAGCGUCUCGCACCGCGAGGAGCACAAGGUCAAGUUCCAGUCCUCCAUGCUGUUGCGUAACACCACCGGCUGCCUGAGGAACCUGAGCUCAGCAGGGGAGGAGGCGAGGAGUCAGCUGCGCUGCUGUGAAGGUCUGGUGGACUCGCUGCUUCACGUCCUCAAAGCCUGCGUCAACACCUCCGACUACGACAGCAAGAUCGUGGAGAACAGCGUCUGCACCCUGAGGAACCUCUCGUACCGGCUGGAGGUGGAGAUGCCCUCCUCCCGUCUCCUAGGCAACCAGGAGCUGGACACCCUGCUGGGCUUCUCCUCCCCGGCCAAGGAGCUGGACUAUCUCUGCUGGGGCAAGAGGAAGCGCGGCAGGAAGAGGGGCGGCUGGCCCGACGACAAGUGGGACGGCGCCGGGCCGAUCCCGGGUUUCUCCCAGCCUCUGAGGGGGGCGGAGCUUCUGUGGCACCCCGUGGUGGUGAAGCCGUACCUCAACCUGCUGGCCGAGAGCUCCAACCCCGCCACGCUGGAGGGCGCCGCCGGGUCGCUGCAGAACCUCUCUGCUGGAAACUGGAAGUUCUCAGCCUACAUCCGAGCCGCGGUGCGUAAAGAGAAAGGUCUGCCCAUCCUGGUGGAGCUGCUGAGGAUGGACAACGACCGGGUCGUCUGCUCCGUCGCCACCGCGCUGCGCAACAUGGUGCUGGACAGCCGCAACAAGGAGCUGAUAGGGAAGUACGCCAUGAGGGAUCUGGUGAACCGGCUGCCCGGCGGCACCCCGCCGGUGCUGUCGGACGAAACGGUGGCGUCGGUCUGCUGCACGCUGCACGAGGUCACCAGCCGCAACGUGGAGAACGCCAAAGCUCUGGCCGACAGCGGCGGCAUCGAGAAGCUGGUGGACAUCAGUAAAGGACGAGGGAAAGGGUACUCCGUGAAGGUCGUGAAGGCCGCGGCUCAGGUGUUGAACACGCUGUGGCAGUACAGGGAGCUGAGGAACCUCUACAAACAGGACGGAUGGAACUACACCCACUUCGUGACUCCCGUCUCCACGCUGGAGCGAGACCGCUACCUCUCCCAGCCGACCCUGCCCACCAGCCCGCUGAGGAUGUCCCCCGCCAUCCAAUCAGGUGGAAGUGCGAUGUCCUCGCCGGCGAUGCUCGGGAUACGGAGACACAGCUCCAACUACCAGAGGGCGCAGUCGUCUAUGCAACUGGACUCGUACUACGGAGACAACGGGUCACAGGCGCGGCAGUACGCAGGGUCCGAGAAGAAAACUCCGUAUUUCAUCGGGACGUACUCCUCCCAGUCGGGAGAGGACUUGAGAAGGUCCCAGCACACAGAGCCAUUUUACGACGAGCCCGACAGGAAGAACUACAACAGCUACAGGAUGUACCUGUCGUCCCCUCAAGGCUACGGGGGGGAGGAGGGGUACGAGGAGGAGCCGGUGCACCUGACCCCGGCCUCCCCCGACGGCUACGCCGGCCAGUCGCUCCAAUUCAAAGCCAACACCAACUACGUGGACUUCUACUCCACCACGCGGAGGCCUUCAAACAGGGCCAACAAGUUCACCGGCUCCCCCGACUCCUGGGUGUAGAACGUGUGCGCGUGUGUGUGUGUGAGUGCGAGUGUGUGUGUGAGCGGGUGAGGGUGCAUGUGUGUUGAAACUGUACUGAAGGACCAGGGCUCGGUUGGUUUCCUGCAGCUUCUGACCAAGUGUGACCACGUGCACGAUAAUGCAGAUAAUUAUGAACUAUUAAUUAAUAGUUUUAAUUGUAUUAGUUGUAGAUUUAAACUAUAACUGUGGUGUAAAUCGCCUGGACCCACUUGACCUUAUUAACUCUUAACGUGUGACAGACACCUUAAGGAGCGGCUGCAUGAUAAUAAUUGUAAUAAUAACGAUAAUAAACUUUAAUUAAUUUAAUAGCACCGUUUAAACUAAAAUUUAAUUAGUAGAAAAAAGAAAAAAAACUGCAUUAAAAAUGAUUUGAAACGGCUUAAAAGUUACAGAACAACCAAUAAAUAUAAUAAAUUAAAAAUAAAUAAAAGUUAAUCGAAUGCAUUUGGAUAUAAAUACGUUUUUAAAGAAGUCACUUAAAUGUGAAAUUCAGGCGAGAAACACGACGACUUAGAACAAGUUUCUAUUCAUAUUUUUUCACCAUAAAAAAUGUUUUAAAAAAAGCCAAAUAAAACAUUUCCAAACCUAAACAUUUAUACUUCAUCUGCAUUCCUGUGGACGUGGGCUCAGUCAGAAGGUGCUCUUUAAUAAGAACCAGCCCUAACGUUGUUGUUUACCAGAGUCUUUGUGAAGAUCAGAUGAUUUUAAUUCUCCUCUGCAGUAAAAAUGUGCAGUUUGUUGGCGUUAUAUAUAAGAAAUAAGAAUAUAUAAUGAAGCUGAGGGAUCCU